GUUCCGAGGACAGCUCCACAGACGGAGAUGUUAAAUUCAGACGCCCUUAUCGCGGCCUCCGCAUGGGCACCCUGAGGGAAGAUGUGCUGUACUCGUCCUCACACUCUGACCCGGACUACACGUCCAGCAGCGAGCAGUCGUGCGACACUGUCAUUUACAUCGGCGCCAACGGCCAGUCUUUAAGUGACAGGGAACUGACCGACAACGAGGGCCCGCCCAGACACGUUCCAAGAACUAAUCCCCGUCUUCCAAGAAGACCCAGCGGGUCGAGGUCAUCGGGAGAUGACUCUGACAGUGGUCGAAGUGUUCACUCUGUCAGAAGUUUGGAGUCCAGACUCCCUCUGAGAGCUUUGAUGUCCCCGCCACCAGGUGUCAGCAUGGGUUCAGGGAAGCUCACCCAGUCCGUGCCGGGGUCCCCGAAUCCGGGACUGGUAAAAAUGGGUCACCGAAUGGCCAUGCACAGUAAAAUGAAUUCCGACGGCAGGACUGCCGACGGCGGUCAGCCUAGUGGAGUUUGGCAAGACAAGACGAAAAUUCAUUGUCACAGUUCUCAGAGCAAGCUGGCUAAAGCUAUUCACGAGAAGCAGCAGCCCCUGGAAGGCGAGCAAUGGAUUGAUGGCCCGGGUGCAGCCAUCUAUCCAGAGCCAAGUGCAAAUGAAAUGUGGGUGGAUGGACCGCAAGCUUUCGUCGUUCAGCAGCAGCCCCAGUCAGUUUUGUCAUCGUCCCCAUCAUCAAGAGGGGAUGUGCAACAUCAUGGUCGGGGUGAAACAACGCACCAUCAUCAUCACCGGUCAGAGGCGGCGUCCCGUCGGGUGGCAUCCAAAAAGGUUGACGCUGAAGAACAAUGGGUUGAUGGGCCCAAGGAGAUGCUCGCGGGCAGCAACCCAUCUCAACCAAUGCACACUUGCAGCAAAUCUGAGCAGCCCGCCGCCAAGGCCGUUUAUCCACCUAAAACCUGCAUGUCUACAGGGGUCAGUGAAAAGGCACUGAAACAGGCCCUUGCAAAACAUAUAAUGGAGGUCAAGGACAGACCGGAGAGUACAAUCAGUGUGGAUAGUGAUUCUUCCCUAGUUGUAGUACCGGCAGAGUCACGUCCGGUAAGCUUCAAUAGCAGCGAUGAGCAGUGUAGUGGCUCACAGCCCAAAAAUGACAUCUCUGAUGGGCCCAGCAGGGCAGAUCUUAAACAAGACGCAUCUUCAAGCCCCAUGGUCUCUAGCAAAAAACAAAAACUCUCAGAUAACAAAAAACCAAACUCGUCCAAACAGUCCCCGACAUCAUCUCCCAGUCCUUCGCCAGCCUUGACCAGGAAAUGCAACAAAGUGGAAUCUUCUCUGGGGUUGAGGUUACAGAAAUCUCAGCUUCCCGGCUCGUCCAGUCCAACACACAGGGUGGUCCAGUGGAUUAAAUCUGUGUCCACUGAUCAACCAGGCCCCGAGGCCGGGGGCCAUGCCAUCAACAUUCUAAUGGCAGACGCCGAGACGAACACCGAGCACGAUUCGGACUUUGAGAGGAUGGCCGAGGAGAAUGGGGUCAGGUCAGACAGUGAUGAAGGGAUGGAGGCAGUGCCCGUGAGCAGGGAACACAUUAUUGACAGCAAGUGCAAUAUGACAGCGGACACUAGUCUGAACAGCAGUUUUGAUACGUCAAUGAUAAACCGUGAAUCUAUUUAUGAAAUGGAGGUGGACGAGCAUUUGGAGCUUAUGAAAACAAAAGACGGCUCACGUCUGGCAGCGGACGUCGAUAAUGAAACUUUCAGCAGCUUGUCGUGCAGCAAUCACGAUGACGUUGAAAGGGAACAGCACAUGGCCGAAUCCGAGUCCCUUCUGGUCCAGCACACCAAAGCGUUGACGGAAUCCAAACAGACUGCUCAGCUUAAUCGACACGUAGCAAGAGGUUUUCUCAAAAGGGACGGGUCGCCGGCAGAUUCUGACGGUGAGAAUGACACCUUAGAAGUUACGCGGCCCUUGCUGAGCCGAAAGCCCGACGGAGCCUCAAACCCUAAUCUUAUGAAAACAUUUUUCGAGGAAGAUAUUUUAGUUAAAGGACAGUACAGCAGCUUACCGGGUACAUCGCUGGAGGCCAUGUUUGUCCGGUCCAAUCACAAUGACUCUGCUAUUGAAUAUCCAACUACCUCAUCAAAGUCUUGCCGGGAGGAGCCCGAGGAGGACGACUCAUUUUGUGAUACGACCAGUGUGCACUCUUUAAUAGAAAAAUCCUCCUCGCCCAAGCUGGGCUCGAAAAGUAAACCUCCGCUUCCGAACAAGCAGUCGCCCGUGCUGAAACAGAGUGGACUUCCUAAAGCUUGUCCCAACACAUCCUCCAGCCCAUCUCGAUCCAUCUACUGCAUGGCUAAACCCAGCCCCUCCAGCAAGGAGGCAUCUGCAGCCCAACAGAAAGCAGCACAAGGCGGGAAAAUCUCAUCGGUGCCCGUGGUCAGCCCCAGUAUGAGAAGUAAGUUUUCUCGCUCAGAAAAGGCCAGUACGUCAUCGUCGGGGACGUCUCCUGUCUCAUCAGCAACAUCCAGCCCCCUCGUCUCAACAACAUCAAAAUCAUCAUCGUCAUCCCCGGCUCAAAAGACAGGCAGCAAAUCACUCGGCGGUUCCUCCAGCAAACUGCCUUCGUUUAACUCAUCCAGGACUUCCUCGCCGUCGACAAAGGAUGGGAAGUCUAGAAAGAAGGACAAAGAGAAGGAGACAAAGGGGGGUGCACGUACCAAACUUUCUGAGCUGGUCCACAGGGGCAAGGGAAAUGACUCUGACAGCGGCAAUGAUAGUGGGAUAGUCACCAAUGAAAAGAAGCUUCUCUCCCCUUAUGCUACCGUAACAAAGCCAAGAACCCCGAGUCACUCCAGCAGCGGGCAUGGCAGUGAUAACAGGUAAAACAGUUUUUCAUAGUCUCAGGGGGAAGACAAUCCAUUCUUAGUGCCCUUGAAUGUUAUAUAUACUUAAGUGUGUUGAUAUAUUAUUUUAUAUAUUUUAUUUUAUUCAACCAUUAUUUGUUUUGGUCAUUGAGAAAAAUAAUUAUUUAAACAUACUGAUUUUAAUGCAGAAAUCAUCAAAACCUUUUAAACGUAAUCUAAUCAAUUGUGUUAUGUUCUAUUACAAUUAAAUUACAUUAAAGCCUUCAGUUUACGUUAAUUAAGGGGCUAAACUUAAAAAGGAUAUCAAUAUCUAAUCCUAAAGAAGAUUAUGUAUUUUAACAAAUGUAUCAAAAGCUAGACAUGAAAGCCUGCAUAUUACUUGAUUAGAGGAUAAUUAUUCUUAAGACCAAUGUGCAUGUUAUAGUAAUAUUGCUUUUAAAUAAAUUUACUGCAAGAAAGUCUGGACAUGAGCCUCACUACGAUUAUGGUAGGCUAACUAUCAACGGCUUUAACUUUGAUUAUGAGAAAUGAGUAAAACAAAGUUAAGUCAAACCUGAAAAAAGGACGCAACAAAACAACAAACGUGUCGGCAGGAAGCCUUUGUCAGUGAACAAACGACAGGAAAAAAAAAUAAUAAAAUAAAAAACUUCACUGAGAAAACGCUGAGAAUUAGUAUCUGAGAGGGCGCCAAAGAAUUGUGACAGAAAAUAAGUGGGUGAGAGAUUAAAUAGGGAAAAGGAAAAGAAAGAGGAGAAGUAAGUCCACUGCGAUUGUUCGUGACAUGGAGGGGCGGUGCAAAGGCUCAAACUAUGAAUAAAGAAAUGACUUUUAUGCCAUGUGGUGUCAAAACUCCACAGGAACUUUGAUUAUGGUAGGCUAACUAUCAACAGCUUUAACUAAAACAAAUUAUCUAAAAUACAUUCAUUUUUAGGACUGUUAAUUCAACGUAUACAUGAAUUUUGUAUGGUAAUUAAAGCUUUUUUUUUUUAAAGUUUUAAUAGGCCAUAAAAAAUAAAAAGCAGGGAGGGGGGGGGGUUAAUUUGUCAUAUUUAAUCUUCUACCUGUGAUAACUUAUAUAAUUCCCUAUAUCUUUCUGGUAGAAUUUUUUUUUUAUUAAUCCACUCUAGUUUAGUUAUGGAAAAAGUAAUUAAACUUUGUGCAAAUGCAAUGCAAAUUAUAUUUUUUAUUCAAGUUUUGUUGAAAGGAAUCCCUAUUUUUAAAAAAAACAAAAAAAGCUAAGGUUUUAUUUUAUUUUGGUUUUGUGGUAGAUAAAGUUUGACACAAAUAUAUGCAUCAAUUAAAUUUUGUGAUGUUAGAUUCUCAUACAACCAACAGGCAUCACACUAGCACAUACCGGUAUGAUAGAUUCUCAUACAUCCAGCACAAGGCAUCACACUAGCACAUAUAAUAAAAUUAUGAUUUUUUUUAUCUGUUAUUUACCAAGAUUAUUUUAACCCUGUUACUUGUAUCCCUAUAUAUUACUGUCCAAUCUAAACAUGUAUGUCAAAGAAGUUAUCCCUAUAUAAGAUAAGAUAAAAUUCUUUUAUUGAUCCAAAUAAAUGUAAAUUAGCUUUUAUUACAUUGUGCAUAUUCAUUUUCAGCACAUAAAUAAAUACAUAUUUUUAACCAAGGCAACAUUUUACACUUAUAAUACUUUAGAUAUAAGGCUUCUAAAGUUAGAUCUUAGGUUUCCGUAAUGAAUUGGGUGGGAUGCAUUGGGAUGCAUUGGGAUGCAUUGGGAUGCAUCAUCCGUUUUUUUUUUUUAAAUUUUUACAACAGCAUUUUUUUCAAAUAUUCUUUUAAGUGAUGGAUGUUUAGUUAUGUGUGAUAUUACUAGUGUUCUUGAUAUUAUACUAAUCUAAUACAGGUAACGUCAAAGGAUUUAUCCCUAUAUAAUACUUUCCAAUCUAAAACUGGUAUGUCAAAGAAACAGACACAUAAUCAGUUUUUAUUUAUGCAUAAACUUUUAAUUAACAUUGUUUUCUUCUAAAGCACUAUCAGCACUGAGGUCCAUCCUGGCCACUCUCGACCAUGUGCCAAGGCUGAGAAUCUUCAUGGAGGCACCAGCAGCGGAUAUGAGAGUAUGCUGAGGGACAGUGAGGCAACAUGUUCAUCUUCAGGACACGAGGAUAGUGGAAGUGAGUCAUCGUCUGAAUGCAAGAAGGGAUCAAAGCGCAAAGGUAUCAGACACUAGUGGCAUAACAUUGUGUUUCAAUGUCAAUCUGCAUGGAUCAGAUGUGUCACUUUGCUCUUGUUGCUUUUUCUCAAGAGAGAUGAAUUCAGUCCUGAACCAAUCACAUAAACUUGUCAGAGGAGAAUCUAUGGAUUCUGCCUGGAAUAACUGCUAAAAGUCUGACAAAUUAAUGAAAUUGGGUUAUCUUUUCUUGCAUUAUGAUUGUUGUAUGUGAAACAUUUUCCUUAAUUUUUAAAUAUACAUAAAUAUUGUUUUUAAAUUCCUGCAAACAAUAUUAUCCAUGAUAACUUUACUACCAAUGGAGGAUAAUGAGUAUAAUUUGUGGAAAUUGUUAUUUUAACUAUAGUCUUGUUGAUAAAUGUUAAAAUUGAAGUAUAAAAUAUAAUCUUAAAUGUUCCAGGCACGCGUAGAAGUCGAUCUGCACCUGCUCACUCAACAGAAAGUUCUCCAGCAUCAAGUCAGCCCAGCCAAACAGGCAGUCGGUCAGCCGGACCCGCCCCCAGAGCAUGGGUGGACACAAGACACCUGCAUAAGGUCAAGGAUGAGCCUCUUGAAUUAAAACGAUAUGACCCUGAUGAGGUGGAGAGACUUGGCAGAAGACGAACGGAUGAGGAGGUAGAGUCAUAUACAAAUCUAAGUUUCUUUGUAUUUACAAUGAAGGGACUACGUAUUCUAAAAUGUAUGAUUUCAGGAGCACUACAUGUUCAUUACAUCAGAAUAUAACAAAUUCUAGCUAGAUUAGUUAAACCCAAGAAAAAUUUUCACAGUUGAUUUCAAUGCCAUGAUAAUGUCUCUUUUGAUAAUAUUUUUAUGUACAGCGCGGUGAGCCCAGCCCUAGGCUGGGGUACUGCACUAUAAAAGACCACUAAUUAUUAUUAUUAUUUGUACACACUAUUUUCUUCAAUUUCGUUUGUAUUUUGGGGUUUUUACUAUUUUUAAUAUUUGCUGUGUUUUCAUGAUAGAUUUUUUGUCUAUGUAUAUUUCUAAAACUAAGACCAUCGGUGAACGCUCCUUCUGCUUCCAUGGGCCCACGUUCUGGAACCAGCUCCCCUUCCAUAUACGUCAUAGUGAAAACUCGUCCAGUUUCAAAAAGUCCCUUAAAACUCAUCUGUUUAGGUCCGCCUAUGACCUGUGAUGCACCCUCCUUGCCCUACCUCAUUUUCUGUUUCGGGUUGAUCCUGAAGUGUCAAAGUGUCCUCGUUUUAUAGCCAUUUUCAUUGUUUCUAUAGAAUAGUAGUUACUAUCCUAGUGUCUCAUUUUUAUUUUACUUAGUUUACAUGUUUUAAUAAUUGUAAAGCGCUUAGAGCUUUAUGAUAAGCGCUAUAUAAAUAGAAUAGUAGUUACUAUCCUAGUGUCUCAUUUUUAUUUUACUUAGUUUACAUGUUUUAAUAAUUGUAAAGCGCUUAGAGCUUUAUGAUAAGCGCUAUAUAAAAAUGCCUAAAUAAAUAAAUAAAUAAAUAUUUCGCAGUUAACAUUUUCACUAUUAUUGCUCUCUCUGAUUUUUAAUCUCAAGACCCUGUAUUCAAAUGUUUCAAUUUUGUUUUUCCAUCCUAGGUUUCUGCUUGCACUGAAGGCAAACAGAAAAAUACAAGCUCAAAGGGAGAUGACGACGGCGGCGACGGCAGCGAGUCAAAAGAUAGGAUCAUGAUGGAAAGAAAUGGCUGGUCUUUCGAUUGCAAGCUUUUUAUGUGCUUCUCCUGCAAGUCCAGGCAAAGGGGAACGGAUGUUUAGUGAUUGAAAAAAAAUCUAUUCAAAUUGUCAAAUAAGAGGAUAUUUUGCAUCUUCAGGCACAUACGGCUGAUAAUUGAUGAAUAUUCUGUCA